UGAACAUGAGGCAAUUCACGAUCGGCAUCAUUAUUGUACUACAAGCUUCGCUAAAGAUCAGCGGAUUGUACACGAUCGUCGAAUGUCCGAUGGAAUUACAAAAAGACAUUAAGAAAUACAGCGAGUCAAAGCCACUGCAAGUAAGCUGCACAAUGCAACUUUUGUGUCCGCCGAAAGAUUCGACAAAUCACGAGAAUCGUAAUCGAGGUUAUCAGGUGCAUGAAAAUGAUCCUGACGCCAGGACGUUAUGCGAAGUGAAACUCAAGAUCAAUGUCAUAAGAAGCAUAAGCACAACUAAAAUGGAAGAGAAAAAUCUGUGCUCUGAUUUCCCGUAUGACGAACAUCUAAUAUUGCUACCUCAUUCAACUAACUGUAGCUUGUUCUAUAAAUGCGACUGGGGCAAGCCAAUGCUCUUUAGGUGUCCAGAAGGAAUGCAUUUCAACUCCGAUCUCCAGGUGUGCACCUGGCCCUGGCAAGGCGGUUGUAACUCAUCCGAGAUUAUUUGCCCACGACCGUUUCCACGAUGUCCAAUUCAUUAUUCGGAUCCGUUGUUAUUGCCACAUCCCUUUUUGUGUGAUCGAUUCUAUCAGUGUAAUUGGGGAAUGCUUCGAUUGCAGAUGUGUCCCACCGGAUUACACUUUGACCCACAUCUUAAGGUAUGUAACUGGCCUUACAAUUCGAAUUGUCAGAGUUGUUGAGA